CCUAAGGAGAGCCUAAGCAGCUGCAGCCUUGUAAUUUAAAACCGCUCAAGUUUUCUGGAGGACCAGCACUAGUGAGAUGCACAAUGAAAGCAAGACACCCUUCCUCGCUCCAAGGAUUCCCUCUCUGUGUACAUGAAAAGAAAGCCAAGAGACCAACCUGAGUGCAGCCGGACACGUCUAAGUAGAUGAUCUUGUGACAUCCCUUUCCAGAUCUCAGUAGAGGGCUUCCAACUCUCCCAGCUGUGAACUCUGCUUGAAGAAAGAUAUUUCACUGCAACACUUGGAAAUCUGAGCCAGCUGGAUGUCAGGAUGCAAGUGGUCACCCUAAUAAUAUUGCUUUUCUUUUGUAAAGCAUCUGAGUUUAGGAAGGUAAGAAGAAACAACCGGGCAAACAAUGACAAAUCCCACAACUCCCCAAAAAACUCUAGUACUGUUAAGCGCUAUGCUCCAGGAAUACCGUGUGAUAUAUACACAUAUAUCAAUGAGAAAUAUUUGGACUGUCAGGAGAAGAAACAAACAACGGUCCAAGAUGGUUGGCCAGAAGAUCUCAUACACAUUCUGCUGGCGAGAAACAGAAUUCGUAUAAUAAAAGAUAACGCAUUUUCGAAGUUUCAGAUUCUAAAGAGUUUGGAUUUGCAACAAAACGAAAUUACAAAAAUUGAGCCGCAGGCUUUCUUCGGGUUAAAAAGUCUGACAACUCUUCUGCUGCAACAUAACCGGAUCAAAAUCUUGUCGGAGGAGGUAUUUAUCCAAAUGCCACGCCUUAAUUACCUUCGGCUUUAUGACAAUCCGUGGGACUGUAACUGUGAGCUGGAGUCUCUUGUAACAUUACUACAGAUUCCACGAAACAGGAAUUUUGGAAAUUAUGCCAAGUGUGAGAACCCAGCAGAAUUGAAAGGUCAAAAGUUGAAACAGAUUACACCUCAAAUAAUAUGCCAAGAAGAAAAUGGAGGACCCAAACCAUUAGAAGGAUCCAAGGUCACCAAACCUUCUGUGGAUUCAACACUUUGUCAUACGUAUCUAUAUCCAAUUGCAACACUAGACUGCAGAAGGAAAGAAUUACAGCAGGUUCCAACUGACAUUUCUCCAGAUAUUAUAAAACUGGACCUCUCAAGCAACAAAAUCAAGCGACUGCAAGCAAAACAGUUUAAAGAUGUUCCAAAUCUUGAGAUUUUAAACCUGAGCAACAAUGGGAUAGAAUUUAUAGAUCCAGCUGCCUUUUCCGGUCUCAUGAACCUCCAUGAAUUAGACCUGUCAGAAAACAAGAUCUGCAAUUUCCAGUAUGGUGUCCUGGAAGAUUUGUACUUUUUGAAAAAGCUAUGGCUUAGAGACAACCCGUGGCGGUGUGACUACCACAUCCAUUACUUAUUCUACUGGCUAAAACAUCAUUACAAUGUAAACUACAAUGGCUUUGAAUGUAAAGAACCAGAGGAGUACAAAGGGUGGUAUGUCGGGAAGUAUGUCAGGAGUUACUACGAGGAAUGUCCAAAUGAGAGAUUACAGGUUCAUGUGGGGAUGGAUGAAGAGGAUUGGGAGAAAAUGGAAGACAGGAAACAAAUUGAGUCGGCAAAAACACAGGGUGUCCUAUUAACAGUCUUAACUUAACUGGCUACUUUUUUAGAUUGUCUUACUGAAGAGAUUUUUGUUUUUGUUUUUUGUGUUAACUUUAAUAGGUAUUUUCUAUAAAAAUUAUUUCAGCGUAAGAUGUCAGAUUCGGUCUACAGCUGAACAACAAGCAUUAGGUUAGGGCUACACGGUCAACUGUGCCUCAGAGCAGAUAAACCUUUCAGAUGAUUAUGAGCAUUAGCCAUUUGGGACUACCCAAUCACAUAACAGAAUGUAAGUACAUGUACUGUUAUUAGCAUGCUUUAUUAUGUAAAAUGGGUUACAUCAUGAUAACCAGAACACAGAGGGGCUGAUCUGUAAGCUACUCUAAGGUAAAACUGGACUUACCUACUUGGUGCUCUCAGUUCCAUGGCCUUGAGCUUAACACCUAAGUAAUCUGAGAUGGACCGGUUGCUAGUCAUUUCUUGCCAAACCACACAAAUUGACAAAAACAAUGCUGGCAAUUCACAUCCACAUUUGUAGAUACAGAUUCACAAACUAAACCUGUGAAUUGUCUUAAUAUAUAUAAAACAGUAUGUAGCUAGUCAAGCACAUAAUAUAGCCAUAGCCAAGUUCUUUUUCCAUAUGCAUUUUCACUUAGAGGGGUUAUCCCAUAAUUAAUGUAAAAGUGAAAAUCAACUAUCCUGUAGUACAUGACCACGGGUGGACUGGGAACUUAAAGUGGACCUGGAAACAAUAAUAAAAGUGGCCCCGUUUUGUAGUCGGGGUCAAAUACCACAGUCCAUCACAAAAUACUGCCACCAACUGCACAAAAUACAUCUCCAAAAACUUCUACUAGCUGGAGAAUUUCCCUGUACGUUCUAUGGCCAAUCCGCCCCUGUACAUGAAAAUCUCUUUCUAUCAAAGCUAGAACCAGCCCUGUACUUCACAUAGAUCCAGAAUAUCCCAUUCAUUGCUCCAAUUGCUCUACUAGAUUUAUUUCAAGCUGGCAGCUCAUGGAGCGUGUCCUUUCUGCUGAAGAGAUCAGUGUCGGGCCCCCCGGCCAUGUAAGAGUUGCAUGGUCUGCCUUUAUUGCAGGUACGCCACUGGGUGGAUUCUGAUUGGUUGCUAUGGGCCAGUUUUGCACCAGUUUUGAUAAAGCUCACCCCAAAUUUAUAAUCACAUACAAUUACAAAAGUAUUCAAAUCCAGGUAAUAGUUUGAAAAAUGUUGAAUAUUUUUUGUGAGAGAACCUCUUUAAGCUUAGGAAGGGGCGUAAGCUGCUGUCAAACAUCUUCCAUGCCAAUCAUUUCGGCAUACAUCAAGGCAUUGGCUUAGAAAAUUCCUGAAAUCUGUUUUCCCUCCUGAAAAUAGAUUGCCAAGUAUGUCUGACAACUCCCAUCAAAACUGGAUUGGUUAAUCCCGCUGGCGGAAUCCUCAGAGAAAAAUCUAUGGGCCACUUAUAGCUGUAGUGUCUAUGCCAUCUGGUUUCUUGUAUUUUUUACAAUCUGCAACUUGACUACAUCUUUGUUUUACAGAGGGUGCCUAUACACAUUCAAUCACACUACAUCUGUGUUUGACAGAAGGAACAAUAAAACCCUACAGUUAUGUAAAGAAUGAAUACUUUAUUACAGUAAUUGUAUAUAUAGUAAUACAGUCUGUAUAUAGGUUUGUUAGCUUUGUAAUAUACUGCUUUGCCAUGCUGUAAACUAUGCAAGAACACAAGCCGUGUCAUAUAUUUAAACAGAAAAGUACAUUCUGACUUAUGUAUUGAAUGUUUCACGCCAUGUAUUAUCAGCAAUACCGGUAUGUUUAUGACUUUUUCUAUUAAAUAUUUUUCAAUUCAUUUACAGGGGUUUUGUAAGAUAUUUUAACUGAUGACCUAUUCUCUGGAUAGGUCAUCAGUAUCUGAUCGUGGGGGUCUGACACCUGGGACCUUUGUCGAUCAGCUGUUUGAUAAAGCUCCGGCGCUCCUAGCACAGCGCCAUACGUUGUAUAGUGGCUGUGCUCGGUAUUGCGCUCUGCCCCAUUCACUUCUAUGGGGCUGAGAUGCACCUAGGCCACUUAACUAAUGAACGUGGUAUCACAUGGCCUAGGGCAGUGCUGGCUAACCUUGGCACUCCAGCUGUGGUAAAACUACAACUCCCAAGAUACCCCCCUUGCUUGGCUGCUCUCAGAACUCUAUAGAAAUAAAUGGAGCAUGCUGGGAGUCGUAGUUUCCCCACAGCUGGAGUGCCAAGGUUAGCCAUCACUGGCCUAGGGAAAGCUGAGAGAAAGCCACAGCAUUACUGCAAAUGCCAACACCUUCGCAAGCAGCUGAUCGUGGGGGCCCAGGUGUCGGACCAUAUUAAAUCCAUAUUAAACUAGUACCUGAAAACGGAAAUCUGACUGUGAUUCAAUGGAGCAAAGUGUAUUAAAUAAUUACCGUAAUUGAAAAUGUCACCUAUUUUAGUGACAGCUCUGUAUUUGCAGAAGUACAGUAAAGAAGAACUCCUGAAUUUCUUUCAAAUUAUUCCAAUAUUGUAUUGUUAUUAAAUAAUACCAUCUAUUCCCUGUUUCCAGCAUUAGUUACCUUACCCAGGUUACAUUCAUUUUUCUAUUUGUUGGCCAUCUUUGGAGCAUCUUCAUCCAUGCUGCAAAGUGACAUCAGGACAUGGGUGGGGCCUGUGGGGCCAUUCAGUGCGGAGAGUGGCAUUGAAUGAGUAACGCACCUGGAGGUGGGUCAGACUAGAAGAUGGUGACCCCAUUUAGGACUCAUGCCCAUGGCUGUACCCACUUUUGCCGUCUGCAAAACACAGAUACCGUUCGUGUGUGUUUUGCAUUUUUUGGAUCGGUAUGUCCUGCCCUUUGUUAGAACUGCAAAACGGACAAUAAUGGGGCAUGUUAUUUAUUUUUUUGUGGGGCCAGGGAACGUACAUACGGAUGCAGACAGCACACAGUGUGCUUUUCUUUUGCAGCCCCAUUGAAAUUAAAUGGUUCCUCAUCUGAUCCACAAAAAAUGCAGAUCGGACGCGGACUGAAACUACGGUCAUGUGCAUGAGGCCUUAAAGCACAGAGAUAUCAGUAAAUCCAGGGGGUCACCAUUUGAUCUUGCGACCCAAUGGACCAACCAUGAUUUUAAAGACGGAAGGCUAAAGGAUAGCUGAAUUGGAGUAAUAGAAGAGUGCUUCUUCAAGUUUUUACACACCUAGUACCAACUGCAAUAAUACACAGUAGUUCCACCCCCAUUAUACAUUUCAAUUUAUUUAGAUUGCUAAAACUAUAAAUUAAAUGUUAUGUUAAAAAUGUUAAAAUGUUAAAUGAAAAUAAAAUAUUCAUACCUAUGCAUUUAAAGGUAGACCAGUGUAGUGUAGAACACACGCGGAAAUUUAACCGUAUGACAUAAGGACGACACUUUCGUAAGAUGUUGAUCACAAAUUUGUCUUGAAUGCGAUUUUGUACUGAAGAGAAAUCGAUCUACAAAUAAAUAAAAACAAUGUUCAACAAUA